CGCAUCUUCUGUAAAAGUAGAAGCCAAGAUGAAGACAUUUAUUGCAUUUUUCGUUAGUUGCAUUGCAUUUGCAAAUGCCGCUCAAUUCGUUUACAGUCCGUUAGUGCUAAGCAAUCCCUAUGCCGUUGCAUAUCCUUAUUUAACUUCGCCAUUAAUUGCACCGCCGACAACUGUCGUACUGAAGCAUCACACGCCCGAGCACACAGCCGAGCAGGAAAAGGAGAAAAACGAUGAAAAGGAAAAACCAUUACAACCGCCAGUGGUUUCUCUGCCAUAUCCUCUUCUGCCACGCGUAGUUCUCGUAAGCACAACAGCUCCAUUAACUGUUCCCGGGAUUCAAUCGCAAUAUCAUGCCCAAGAUGAAUUAGGUCAAUAUCGCUAUGGCUAUAACAGUCCUCUCGUAGCGAAAGAUGAAACGAAAACAAUUGAUGGCGUCACUCGUGGAUCCUAUUCCUACAUCGAUGCGAAUGGACAAUAUCAAACAGCAGCUUAUGUCGCCGAUGCUUUAGGUUUCCGUAUCGCUGCCACAAACAUCCCAAAACAAGUCGAACCAGCUUACAUUCCUGAUGCACCUGAAGUCGCUGAAGCCAAGGCUAAACUCUUCGCACUCCAAAAAGAAGCUGCUGAAAAAGCCGCCGCAUCUCCAGCCGAGUAAAAAUUCUCAAAUACAAAAAAAAAAUGAAGAAUAAACAAACAAGUAAUA